UAUUUACAACUAAAUUUCGAGUAUUAAUUCAUGGCGGAUUUGAUAAUAUAAUAGCCGAUAGCGUUUUCAAGUAAUAAAAAAAGUCCGUAUCAUUUUUUAACAAUAUAAUAAGCUAAAAAAAUGAACAAAAUUGUGUCACAGAUUAAUUUUCAUGCGUUUUUUUUUACUUAAUUAUUAUCUUCUCGUUGAUAUUUUCCCGUAUAUGUAUGAUAAAACGACUACAAAUAACAAAAUCAUGGUUUUUUUUACGAGAGCAAAUAGUUGCAAGGAAAGCUCAGUUCCAGAACAUUCAUAUAGAACACCUGGAAAAAUACAAACCACGACGACGACAAAAACGACGGAAGUGGUUUUAACAGAAUGUUGUGUAAAAUGCAGACGUAAUAAUUCAUUACUGAUAGUUCAAGGAAUUUUUAAUGUUAUAUUCAUUGUACUUUUUGUAAUACUUUUUGUAAUAUUAUCAGAACUGAAAUCAAAUGUUGGCGAAAAUUUGUUUUCAGAUAAAAGGACUAGUACUGUAAAUAAAUCGCCAUCUAUAUCUUAUUAUAAAUCAAACAAAGUUAGUGACGAGUCUGGUUUACAACAUAAUAAUACUAAUUCAGCUAAUUCCAGUAGUUUAGAAGCAAAAACAACACAGUCAACAAAUGCACCUUUAAAAAUUUUAGAGAUAUUAGACGAUGAAGAUAUAGUUGAAAAACCAUCUCAAUCACAUGAAGCCACGAGAGUAAUACUCAAUAGCACAAACUGCACAUGCAUAGGUGCUCCUGGUCCAGUUGGUCCACCGGGAAAAGCUAUAACUGGAAAACAUGGGAAACGAGGAGAACCUGGUCCACCUGGUAAAGAUGGGCAACCUGGUGCAAGAGGAUUAAAAGGAAAUCCAGGUAAACCUGGACCACCUGGUGAUUUAGGACCAGUUGGAAGUCCUGGACCUCCAGGUUUACCUGGACCAGUUAUGUCUAUAAAUAACCGUCCUGUUGCUCAUAUAACUGGACAUCAAGUAGGAGCUCAAUUAAAUUCUGAACCAAGAGGCAUUCUAAGAACAUUAGGAAGAACAAGCGACACUAGUUUUGGCUUACUCGCUGGUAAUUUUUCUAUAAAUAACGGAAGGUUGUCUGUCCCAGAACAUGGAUUUUACUAUGUCUACUCUCAAGUAUUUUUCCAAGCAGACGACAAGAAAAUGGAUCCAGUGCUAACUCAUUAUGUUUACUUAUUUCGUAAAAACAGUAAAUUUGUCAUUUUACGGGGGUAUGCUACUAAAGCAGUACAUAUUCAAAAUGAUCAGGGCUUUUAUACCACUUAUGCAAGUGGAUUGUUUAGACUUAUGAAAGACGAUAUUAUAGCCAUUGGUGUUUCAGAAGAGCACCUUGGUUUUGUAGAUUAUGAUGAAUCAGCAACUAGUUUUGGUGCCUUUAAAGUAUAAAUAAAAAAGAAUAAGUGAUAUGUUUGAUGCUCAUUCAAGUGGCGGUAACGAAGUUCUCGUUACAAUGAUUAAAAGAUAACUAUUGAUGCCGAUGUGCAACUACGAUGCAUAGAAAUAAAGGACAAAUAGAAACAAUUUUGGAACACAAAUAUCUUUUAUUUAUUUUUAUAAUUUAUCUUUUUUACAUGUCAAUAUAUAUUUUUAAUGCUUUUAAUCUUUCGCAAUGCCGAACAGCGUUUUUUCAGCUAUUUUUUUACGAGAGUUUUGUAAAUUGUUAACUUUUUUACAUUUUGUAAUAUUUUCUUAUGUGAUAUUC